AUGUUCAAAUUCAGUCUAUCCAAGAUUUUCACUCGGACAGUCGAGGACGAUUUAGAGAAAAUCUCUCUUUCUCGGAACAAAAACAUCUUCUCGGAUACCUUUCCGAAAGAAGUGUUAAUCAAUAUUGUCUCUUUUAUGGAGCUUGGAACAAUAUAUUCAUUUUCGAGGACUGAUCGAUAUUUGCUGAAAUUACUCUUUGAUCAAACACCAGAAAGAAUUGACAAGUUAAACAAAUUACGGAAAUCACACAAGAAAUCUCAACUUGAUUUUUUGACCACCAAGAAUGCCGUGGAAGAAUAUGAAAAAGAAGAACACUCGCAACAACAAUUUGAGCUCAUUCAGAAAUUAAUUUGGAAACCUUUGGUGUGUUAUUAUUUUCCAAAAUUUGAAAAAACAUUGAACGUGAAGAAUUGGCUUCAUAUUUUGAGAAGAAGAGUCUCACACAUUCAAAUUCAUGCUCGUGAGUUAUUACCUCUCUCUGAAAUAUUUGUAGUACUACCAACUGCUUUGAGAUUGAUCCAACGGUGUUGCCAGAGAGUCUUCCCUUCUUUAUUGAAAAUUGUGAAUUUAUUUACAAGUGUCCAUUACGAUUUGAAAAUUUGA